GUGAAGAGUCAGAGCGGAGUAAAGUAGUCAUUCAGCGGUUACACGGCGUCUGUGCACCUGCAAGCUUCAGCAGAUCAACGGGCUAAACAUGGAAGUCGGAAUCCUGAAAUCUGAAUUGCAUCGAAAGAGCAGAGAGAUGGAGGCGCUGGAGGCUCAAGUCCAGCAGCAGAAGGAAAGUCUGCACAGGGCGAGCGACAAACUGAAGGACACCAAGAGGGCGGCUGCAAGCAAGAUACAUGACAAAGAAAGCAAACGUGAGGCCCUACAGAAGGAACUAUUAAAAGCUCAAACCCAGUACUCUGCAUGUUAUGAUGAGUUGCUCCACCGGGACAAACUUCUACAUAAACUUAAGGAAGAAAAUAUUCGGCUGACGGAGCAAAUCAUACAGCAGUCCCAGGACAUUUCCAAGACGAGCGAAGAAAGGAAGAGACUGGAGCUGAAGCUGGCAGUUGUCACAGAGAGACAUAAAACUGCACAACAGGAGGUUAAUAACAGAGAUCAAAUCAUUUUACAACUUAAAACAGACUUUAAAACAUCACAGGAGAAAUAUUUUGGCACUCAAGAAGAAUUGAGUUUUCAAGAGGCAGAAGUUUCAAGACUCCAGCAAAGGAUUAAAUCUCUACAAAGUGAAUCUCGGGAAUUGUGGGAAAAAUGCAAUGAUCAGGAGGAUCGAUUGAAUCAGGUUGAAAAAGCAAAGCAGCAGCUCUUGCAUGAAGAAGAGAUCCACCUUGGCCAGAUCCAGAACUAUACGAUGAUUGUAGAGAAACUUCAGAGUGAUCUCGAUCAAGCCAAGCAUUCUCACACUGCUGACUUAGAAAGGUGGAACCAGAAAGCUUCCCUCAUGCAAAAAGAUCUGAUCUCUGAAUCUACAGAACAUCGAGCAGAUCUUCUGAAAAUACAAGAGUGCAAGGAUAAAAUAUUAUCUCUUGAGGAAAACUUAGAGCGCGCCGAGCUUGUGUACCAAGAUACAAAAACGAAGAUGGAGACGCAAGAAGAAACAAUAAAAAAACAAAAUCUGGAGAUGAAACAACUACAAGAAGAGGUCCAAAAACUUGAAAAAUACAAAUUAGAAGGCCACAACCAGGCCAGAGCAACAGAGUCUGCCCUAGAACAGUAUAAGAAAAAAUAUCGAGCCACUGUGGACACCAUGAAGUCACUGGAGAAACACGUUGGUGCUCUACAACAGCACAUGACGGCAUCUGCUAGCGAGAUUACGAACAAAAAGGAAACCAUUCAGAGCCUUGAAGCUGAAAUAUUGAUUCUUCAGCAUCGGUGUAAGGACAAGAGUGACCAGGUAGAAACCUUUGAGCACCUGAUUGACCAGUUAACUGGAGAGUUGCAUUCCUCUAAGGACGAUGUUAAAUUGAGCAAAGAGCAGUGCCAGCAGUAUGGGCGGCAGGUGGAGACAUUGACAGAAAAGAUUGAUCUUCUCCAAAAGCAGAUCCUGAAGAGCCAAAAUGACAUAAAUAACAUUUCUUCUAAAUCCGAGGAGUACAAGUCCGCUCACAGCCACACAAAUGACGAUUAUGAAGCACAGUCUUUACACCUACAGGAGUGUCAAAAAGACAUGGAGGACUUAAAAAAGCAAGUCUGUGAGAAGACCGCAAAAGUAGAAGAGUAUCAGCAAGUCAUUGAACGCCAGAACGCUGAAGCUGUGAAAGCACUUGACCAGCAGAGGAAGUAUGCACAUGAAACCGAAGAGCUAGAAAAGACCUUGCGUUCCCUACAUACGGAAAUCCUGACCGGCCAGCAGAAGCACAAAGCCGAACUUCACCGAUUAGAGCAGACUGUAGCCCAGUUGGAGGCAGAACUGAAGGAUUGCAAGGACGUCUGUGCGCAGAAAGACCAGGCAAUAAGCAAAAGAGAUGACCUUCUGCGAAAAUCGGAAGCUGAUCUCCUGCAGGCAAGGAAAGGUAUCAAAGAAAAGGCGGCGGAGGCAGAGCACCUUGACAGCGUGGUCAAGAAAUUAGAAGAGAGAAUCCAGGACGCGGAGAAAAAAACGAAUCAAAAGGAGAAGGAAAGCGGUGUGCUGAGAGCCGAGAUAAAGGACCUCGGAGCAGAGCUACAAGAUGUGCAUAAGCUGUACAGGGAAACAGCACAAGAACUUGCCAGUCAAGAAGAAAAACUUCUUCUACUAGAAUCCAGCCUGAAAGCGACUGAAGAGCAGCUAAGUGAGCAAAUAGCUGAAACCGUUCGCCAGGAACAGACUGGCAGAAAAUACCAGACGGACCUGAAGACCCUUAAAGAACACCUCACGGCUUCAGAGCGAGAGAAGAGCGAAUGCAAAGAAAUGCUUGAAAAUAUGAAGGCCGAAUUAACAACAUUAAAAGCUCAGCACCAAUUGACAGUUCAUGAAAGUCUUCAGCUCCAGCAGACUAAUCACAAGUAUGAGAUAGAAAACGCCUCUCUCCGAGAGAAUGCUCGCAAUCUACAGCAGCAGGUUGAAAAUUUUGAGACCUUAGUGAAAGGUUUACGUGAAGAGCUCAUCCAGGGCCAGCUUCAUCACCAGGACGGGCAAACUCUGGUAGACAAGUUAAAGAAACAGGCUUCAGACCUGGAAUGUGAAGUUGAAAAUUUGAAGUCCAAGAAGAAGAGCGACUCUCAACUGAUUAAAGAACAAGAAAAUCGACUAAUACGAUUGGAAGAUGAAAUUCGUCAGUUACAGGAGAAAAGUAGUUCUUCUCAAAGUGAUCUACUAGAAGCCCGAGCCCAGAUGAAAAUCCUCCUCCUAAAUGUUUCUACGGCAGAGAAACAGAUGAAAUAUUACACAAGACAGGCCGAAUUUUAUGAGGAAAUGAUAGCAAAGCUGCAAGAAGAUUUGGAACAUUCAAAGAGACACUGCAGAAAAAGCACAAAAAGUCUGGAGUCUGCUGAGCAGAACCUGUGUGAUUUGAGACUGGAAAUAACUUUAAUACAAGCAAAUUACAAACAGACAGUCGAACAGCUAAAUGUGAAGACAGAAGAGAACUCCGUUCUCAGUGCUGAAGUCAAAAGGCUGAAGGAAGAACUUUCGGGGUUAAAGCAAGAAUCCAAAGCCGAAUUGUUGAAGCUUCAGCACAGAAGUACCAAAGAGGAGGUGGCAAACUUGCAAAAUGAACUGAAAACCACAGAAAAUAAAUACAUUACUGCACAGAGGGAGCUGGAAAUCCUGCGCCAAGCUCUAGAAGCAACACAAACUGACAACAGUCGCCUCCAUAAGGAAAGUGAAUUUGUGGCUGCAAAUGUUAAUCAGUGGAUCAAAGAGCAAAAGUUUGCCAAUGAAAACCUAGGGGAGAAAAUUUGUGAGCAAAACCAACUUUUGGCACACUUGACAGAGGAAAGAGACAUCUUCCAAAAAAGAGAAGAGAUGUUGUCUGCAGUGGUUACCAGACUGAAAUCAGAAAUGGAGGAGAUGACAGCUGAGCAUGAACAAUUAAAGGAAAAUGGUGUUGAACAGCGAGCGCUACUUUCAGAACUUAAAAAACAGCUGGAAACACAAGAGUUGGAGCACACAAACCUACUGGAGAAGAAUCUAGAAGCCACCGAAGACAUGCAAGUUCGGUUAAAGAACAAUAUAACGUCCAUUCAUUUUUUAAGCCAGAAGCUCGCUGAACUAAAUCAAGAGAACGGACAUCUGCAGCAGAAGCUGGACGAGGAGAGGCUUAGAAACCACCAGCUGGAUCUCCAGUUGGAAACCUGCAAUCAGACUCUGUCUAAUCUUUUCACUCAUCUAAAAGCUGAAGGACAAAAGGAUGUUCUUCACAAGGAGCCAACCCCUAACAAUAUUUUAUGCUGCAACCACAAGAACCAGCCACGUUGUGAUAAACCACUGCAGAUUCUUCCCCAAUGCCGGGAGACAAAGGACAAUUUAAAAAGGUCCGUGGAACAAUUAGUCGAAAAAGAUUCAGAAGAGAAAUCCUGCUGGAUACAACAUAUUGCAGAGCUUUCUGCUCUUCUGCAAGACAAAUAAAAGCUGAUGAAUGGUCAGAAAUGAUAAGCAUUUAUAUAAUCAAUGGUUCUGACCCAAACAUUUUUUUUAUAUGCUGCUCUGGAUUUCUGUAUUCUUUUAUAUAAAAGUACUGCAUACUUUACUGGCUGAUUGUCCAUGUUUAGAUGGUGGUUAGUUUUCACCAGGAAGUAGACAUUAUAUGUCAUAAUCUAUAUUGCUUAGGCCCUGGUCAGAGGUUUCAUGCUAUGUGUAAAUAACAUUUUUUAUUUCAGAUUUUUUUUUUCAUAUCUUUUUAUUUAAGUAUUUAAAGUGAGUCUGUCAUUCAGGCACAAUGUCUUGUAGGGCUACCUCAGCUUAAUGUAAUGAUGCUUUUCACUUAGUGAUCUGUGGUAUUGUUCUGGAGAAAAAGUACUUAUAAUCUAUAUGCAGAUCAGCAGUUAAGUGCACUGAGGGAGGGCCCAAGUCACUCAGUGCACACUUGUUCCUCCUUCUUCCUCUGCCAACCCCUACUUCUCCUUGAUUGGCAGGGCCAGGCAAGAUGACUAUGCAGGAAUCUGCCAGUCAAAGACAGGGAGGGUCUGGCAGGAAAGCCAAGGGUGCACCGAGUGGCUUGGGCCCACCCUCGGUACACUUACCUUUCUCAUUUACACAUAAAUUAAAAAGCUAAAUGAAAGGUAUUAUUACAUUCACAUGAGCUAGUCCUACAAGACAAGUAUCUGAUACCCCCGCAUCCUUGCCAAUCAGCUGUUUUGCAGUAGAUACAUACAGUAUAUAGUAACUACAGCUCCGUCAAUUGUGCGUGCAGCACUGCUCCCAUGGAAGCGAAUGCGGCAGCGUUACCAUAUGCAUCCAUUGCUAAAUGGACGGAGCUGUGUAGUUGUGGUGCCGAUUUCCGGUGCCCUAACUACUGCAAAACAACUGAUUUGCCACGGUCUGGGAUGUUAGAUCCCUGCAGAUUAGAUAUUGAUGGCUUUUCUUAAGGAUAGGCCAUCACUCGUAAAGGAGUGAACAACCCCUUUAAGUACAGUAUAUGGAUGCCUUUUGACUUCUAUAAAAAUGACAUGGGAAAGAGGGAAUUUCAACUUGUCCCAUCCCUUUAUUCCUAUUGUAGACAGGGUGCUGCUAGAGGUGUCAAUUUCCUUUCCCUAUUGAAAAAAAUAAAUGGAUUAUAUAUAUUCAUAAUCGACCAGGUCUGGCAUGCAUGUAUAUGGGGGUCUAGCGAGAAAUUGUGUUGAGUAAAGAAUUAUUUGUGUGGCUGGAUUAAGACUUUAAUGACAUGAAUUGGAACUGAAUGUGGAGUGUUCUUAAUACAUCCAAAUAUUUUUUACCUCUUGCAUUUUUUACCUCUUGACUGUAUUUUUGACGAAGCAUACCUCUGAACUAAGGAAUGUUUAUUUCUGAAGCAUCAUGCACCAGGGUUGCCUUAGAAAUGUGGUUUACAUCUAUAAGCGCACCUGACAAACCACACUGACUUAGGCCUUCUGCACACAACUGUAUCUGUUUUUCUGUCUGCAAAAUACAGAUGUGGUCCGUGGGCAUCCUGCAAUUUUCGCGUGAAAAAAAAAGCCUAUUCUUGUCACCGAAAGGAUAAGAAUAGGGCAGGUUCCAUAAUUUGCGGCCCAGCCGCACGAAUGCAGACCGCACACCAGGGGUGUAUCUAUCACAAGGCA